AUGCAAAAUUGUUUUCCAGAAGAACUUUUUGCUUUACUUGAGGGAGAAAUAAGUUUAUGGAGAUUUCUUCCCUCCAUUUAUUUGUUUCAUCCUAUUAUACUCAGCAAGUAUUAUAUUGUAGGAUAAUAAGAAUCUAGUAGUGAGAUUGCAGUUUCAUAAACUAGUGCUUAAUUUUUGCCAAUGAGUUUGUUAUUACUGACUCGAAAUGUGAUAACUGCGAUGAUAAGUGAAAAAUCAGAGAGAUAAAAAGAAACUUAAAAAAUUAUGGGUUUGAAACCUAAUUCGUACUCAUUUGGAUGGAUCUUAACUAACUACGUUAGAUUAUUCGCGGUGUCAUUCUUUUUCUUGAUUUUGGUUGUACCAACAGGAGUAAUGAAAACUAAUGAGAUUAACCAAAAUUCUCUGACGAUGAGUGAAACCAUAAUAGGGUUUGGAAUGUAUGGGUUGGCUCAAUUGCAAUUGUGCUAUUUGAUUGCUGCCAUCUUCGAGACCCCUAAAACAGGCGCAGAUUUAGCAGUGGUUAUAAAUGUGUUUGGGUCGAUUGGAAGUCAACUUUUGACGAUAGAAUACAUAUAAUAGUAUGAAUUUAUUUAAAUUCCAGACAUUCGUAUGUGGUUUAUAUCCUGA